CUGCCAAGUUUCAUCUUUUUCCAGGCUUCAGUGUGAUCUUAAGUCCUUAGCAAUGAACUUGACCUCUGGGCUUUGAAGACAGGUAUUUUCCACCAUUGUAUCCCUAGUGCCUAUCACAGGCUUUGUCAUAUAAGGGGAUUUGCCAGCCCCUUCACUAACUGGCCCAGUGUGGCUCUCCACCAUUAGGGAGUGCAGUAGGAGAAACAGAAAGUACUAUCUGUGUUUUCAGCGGGGUCUUUUGGUAAAGAGGAAAUAAAAGAGAAGGAUUAGGAAUGUCUCGCUGGGAGAGGCAGAGUGUUUGGUCUGGGAAGAAGCGUAGAGGUUCUUGUGUUUGUAGUAGGCUUUGAAGGGUGAAAAGGAGAUCUCCAGAUCUACAGGGGCCAAAAAGGACAUUCCAGAGGGUGCACCAAGACCUCAGAUGUAAUAAGACCUGGUGUGCACAGGGAGAGGUGAGGAGCCUGGGAUGGCUGGAAGUUCAUGGAGUUCCUGUCACAUACCAGCAAUUUGUGAGUCUACCAAAUCUUCAAAAAAUCUCUUGAGCCAUCAAAAUCAUUUUAUGAGAGGUAGGAUGACAUAGCUUCAAAUCCUAGUUUGACCACCUCCCAGAUGUUGUGACCUUGGACUACUCAUUUAUCCUCUACCUCACCUUCCUCAUCUGUACAAAGAAGAUAAUGUCUCAACAUGGUUUGGAGGUUUGUCAUCCCUCUCUAUCUGCCAACAUCCUGUAUUAGAAGAAUUGGUGGCCGGAGGUGUGACUGAAGAGCUGGCCGGGAAGGGACACUGCCCAGCUGCUGCUCUUCUCCUGUCUCCCAUCCCCCCCCCUGGCCAUGACAGAGACUCGGGAGCCAGCUGAGACUGGGGGCUACGCCAGCUUAGAAGAAGAUGAUGAAGACCUCUCCCCAGGCCCUGAGCAUUCCUCUGACUCCGAAUAUACUCUCUCAGAGCCGGAUUCUGAAGAAGAAGAAGAUGAGGAGGAGGAGGAGGAGGAGACCACUGAUGAUCCUGAAUAUGACCCGGGCUACAAGGUGAAGCAGCGCCUUGGGGGAGGCCGGGGAGGCCCGUCUCGCCGGGCCCCCCGUGCAGCCCAACCCCCAGGUCCCCCAGCCCAGCCUUGCCAGCUCUGUGGCCGCUCACCGCUUGGGGAGGUCCCACCGGGCACCCCACCUUGCCGGCUCUGCUGCCCUGCUACAGCUCCCCAGGAAGCACCAGCCCCUGAAGGGAGGGCCCUCAGGGAGGAAGAGGAGGAGCCACCCCGAGCUGGGGAGGGACGGCCAGCUGGGCGGGGGGAGGAGGACGAUGAUGAGGAGGAGGGCACUUACCACUGUACAGAGUGCGAGGACUCCUUUGACAACCUCGGCGAGCUCCACGGCCACUUCAUGCUGCAUGCCCGGGGUGAGGUGUAGGCAGAGCCCCCCACCCAGGGAGCUGGGCAGAGGGUUGGGGUGGGAGGAGGGGGCUGAGGAAGCCAGCUGGUCAUGGGGAGUGGGGUACCGCUGAUCUGUGUUGUCUUAGUAGUAGACAUGUGAAGGCCGGAAUAAAAGGCAAAUUCUGUGUGUGCUGGCCUAGCAUGUGUUUGGUGGGGGGUGCGUGUGUGUGAGAUAUAUGAUACACACCUGGGCCUUUAUCCCCACCCCCACCCCAGGCUUCUCCUUGUGGCACCUCAGGGUCACUGUGGCCAGGAUAACUCUCCACUUCCUAACCGCUGGCCAUCUGUGUGGUUCAUGUAUUUACUCGUAGACUCCAGGAUGAAGAGGCUCCAACACAACAGAAUUUUGUUUCUCACUCAUUUAAUAGUCCCAGGUGGGUGAUUUGGUAACCAGGCUGCCCCUUAAGACUAUCAUCACCCACACAGGGUGGGUGGCCACACUUGGGCCCCACUGGUGGGGGAGGACAAGGAGCCUGGAAGUUCUUCUGCGAGCCCUGGCCUGCCUUGACCAAGGAGCCAACCGCAAAGCAACCUGGGAAAGGCAGUCUAGUCAGGCCCCAGAAAGUAGGAUAUGGUUUGUGGGGGACAGCUAGUGUCACAUUGCCUGAGCACCUCACAAAGAGGACUGCCAUCAGAAUCAUACAAGGCUUUGCAAGCAUUUCCUGAGAGUCUGGUUCUGGGCCAACGGCUUAAUGUAUAUGGACUCCGAAAUUAUGCAUCUAGGAACUUACAAAAAUAGAAACUUCGUGAUAAUUCUAGCUCCCAUCUUCCCAAGACUUGAACAGUGCUGUACUUUAUUUGCAUGAGAUCAUUUGGUUCUUGAAAUAACUUUGUCAAGUAGGGAUUGUAAUGCAUUUCGUUUAACAAAUAAUUUUUGAUCACCUACUGUGUGCUAAGCAAUGAGAAUGCACCAGUGAAUAAGA